GCACUCAGAACUGGGCACGUUGUGCUAGACACUGCUGGGAACUCUGCGGGCUGGGCACGCUCUGCUAGUAUACGGCUUGCUGGGCACACUAUGCUGGAUAUGGGCUGGGCACGCUCUGCUAGUAUACGGCUUGCUGGGCACACUAUGCUGGAUAUGGGCUGGGCACGCUAUGCUGGAUAUGGGCUGGGCACUUUAUACUGGAUUGGGCUGGGCACUAAAAAUAGCGUUAACUAG